GCCUUAUUUCCGGCGUCACAGGAGCCACUUCCGGGCGAGCGCUGCUAUAUAAAGGCGGCGGCGCGUGCCGGCCCUCUUCCGCCACCUCCGGGAGGCGCGAUGACGAAGAAGAGAAGGAACAACGGCCGGGCCAAGAAGGGCCGCGGUCACGUCCAGCCCAUCCGCUGCACCAACUGCGCCCGCUGCGUCCCCAAGGAUAAAGCCAUCAAGAAGUUCGUCAUUAGGAACAUCGUGGAGGCUGCAGCCGUCAGGGACAUCUCAGAGGCCAGCGUGUUCGACUCCUAUGUCCUGCCUAAGCUGUAUGUGAAGCUGCAUUACUGCGUCAGCUGUGCCAUCCACAGUAAAGUGGUGAGGAACCGCUCACGGGAGGCUCGAAAGGACCGGACCCCCCCACCCCGCUUCAGGCCAGCAGGUGCAGCCCCGCGACCUCCCCCCAAACCGAUGUAAGGAGAAGAUGAUGUUUGGAAACGACCCCGGGCUGAAAAUGUCCCUAAAUUCAGUCUGAAUAAAGGAUUUGAGACCAGA